AUGGCAUUAUCAAUGGCUAUAGAACAAUAUGCACCAAAUACGAUACAAGCAAGACAGAAAACUCAUUACAAACCAAAUCAAAUGCUAAACACUAAUGGUAUACAUCGUAAAGUAGUUGAUAUAUGUCAAAAAUUAAUCGAAAAACAGAAAGUAAAUUCUGCUGUUACUAUGAAAAAUGCUGGAUUCCACUACACUGACAAUAAAAAUGUAAUCCUUUGUGAUACGUGUGGACUACAAGUGUCCGAUUGGACAUCAGAUAUGCAAUUAUUUACUAUUCAUGCCCAACUUAGUUCAGCAUGUUCAUUUGUUCGCUCUCGUCUACUUAUUGAACAAGCUAGUGUAGUUUCCUCAACCAAUUUUAUUCAAUCGGUCGCCACAUUAAAUGAUAGGGAAGAAUUAUCCAAAUGUCGAAAAAUAGAAAUACCUAAAGAGAAUUGUCGAUCAAGUGUAUUUGCAGAAGUAGAUACGUUGAAGCAAGUACGUAAACGAACAUUUUCCCAUUGGCCACAUCGAACAUCACCUUCAAGUGAACAAAUGAUUGAAGCUGGAUUCUUCAAUUGUAAUGUUGGUGAUCGUGUCAUUUGUUUAUAUUGUAAUAUUAUAUGUCAACAAUGGGUUCCAUACAUAGAUGAUCCAUGUGAAAUACACAAAAUACUUUCUCCGACAUGUCCAUAUGUCGUUGCAAAGUUAACAUGUUCCAAAGCAUCAUCGAUUCCUAUUAUUAAUGAAGAUUUGUCGAAAGAUAAUUCUAUUCGAUAUGAGCAAAUUGUUAGUAUGACUGCAUCCAAUACUUCCUAUAGAGAAACACCAAAACGCUAUGCAUCAUUUAGCACAUGGCCGAAUGAAAAUUUACCAUCUGUUGAUGAUCUAGUCAAGGCAGGCUUUUUUUAUACUGGCACUAAAACCAUUGUGACAUGUUUUUAUUGCAAUGGAUCAUUGCAGAAUUGGGGAGCAAAUGACGAUCCAAUGAUUGAACAUGCUCGAUGGUUUCCACAUUGUACAUAUGCUAAACAAUUAUGUGGAGACAAAUUAUAUAGAAAUAUUCAAGAAUCAAAGCGACGUCAAAAAGAACGUGAAGAGAAAAAUACAUUAAGUAAUCGAUGUGAAACAAGUAUGAGUAAUUCAUCCAGUGAAUCAUUGAGUAAACAAAACGAGAACAUUUUAUCUCGAUUGGUAGCGGCUCGACUUGACUUGCCAAUUUCACAACGUUUACUAGCACAAAAUUUUAAACUAUCAAUUAUCAAACGCUGCUGGGAAGAUCAGCUCCGAAUAAAAGAUGAUGAUUUUGUCAGUGAUUCUGAUUUAAUAACUGCUUGUACAAUUCUUCAAAAACAAAUCCAAUAUAUUGGUGGAAAGAAAGAGAAUAUUGUUAUUCCAAAUGAAGCGAUAAAGAAGCUUCGUGAAAAACAACAAACAGAAGUUUAUUCUCAUGAACAACCUGCACCUGAACGAAUACUGGUAAAUACAUCGAACAAUACUGAUGUUGAAAUGUCGACAUCAUCAGAAUCUAUCACAUGCGAGACAACGACAGAAAAAUCAUUAAUAAGUAUGAAUAAGAAAAUGGAUACGGAAUUAAAUAGUGCAGAUAUUUCUGCACAAAAAAGAGGCAAUGAUUCAUCACCAUUGCAUCCUUGUGCUUUAUGUUUGACAGAAGAAAAAUGUCUUGGUUGUAUACCAUGUGGUCAUGUAGCUACAUGUGUUCCUUGCGGUCAUUCUCUUCAAUUAUGUCCUAUAUGUCGUUCAGACAUUAAGGCUUUUGUCCGCUUAUAUCUUUGA